UCUGAACGGUGAUUAGCACGUGCAGGGGCGACUCUCGGAGGACCAGGGAGGACUCCCGGUGCGACGGAACGUAAUGCUGCCGUUUUCUGUUUUCCAGCGCUGACAGCUGCAGGUAUAUAAAGCUGCUCGGCGACUCUCCGCUCCGCUGACGGCGAGAGGAAGCGGAGAGCAGCUGCAACAUGCCGGUGACCGGAGUGGGAGUCCAUCAAACUGCAUCACCCACAGAGGGAAAACAUGUGAACAUGAACUCCCAGCCUGACAACGACCACCAGCAGCAGUCUGAUAAUGGGUGCAACCACCAGAUUCCAAACCAGAACCACAAAUCAGAGCAUGGAGACCGACCAGGGAUGCAGGCUCUGCCCAUGCCAGUCCCAGACCCCCCAAUUCAGUACACUAAGUUGUUCAUCAGUAAUGAGUGGCAUGAGUCAUGCAGCGGGAGAAAGAUUCCUGUGUAUAAUCCCGCCACAGGAGAGCUGCUGUGUGAAGUGGAGGAGGCUGAUGCAGAAGAUGUGGAGAAGGCAGUUAGGAGUGCCCGAGCCGCUUUCCAGAUGGGGUCACCAUGGCGAUCCAUGGACGCCUCAGACCGAGGUCAUCUACUGAACAGACUCGCUGACUUAGUGGAGAGAGACCGGCUACUACUUGCAACCCUAGAGGCUUUGGACUCUGGCAAAGUGUUUCUCAUGGCAUACUUUGUAGAUCUGAUGGCCACAAUCAAAACCUUGAGAUACUAUGGCGGCUGGGCAGACAAGAUUCACGGCAAAACCAUCCCUGUAGAUGGGGAGUACUUUACUUACACACGACAUGAGCCCAUUGGAGUAUGUGGCCAGAUCAUUCCUUGGAACUUCCCCUUGAUGAUGUUUGCAUGGAAGAUUGCUCCUGCUCUGUGCUGUGGGAACACUGUUGUCAUCAAACCUGCUGAACAGACCCCAUUAUCAGCCCUGCACAUGGCUGCACUCAUAAAAGAGGCUGGGUUUCCUCCAGGUGUGGUAAACGUGGUGCCAGGUUAUGGUCAGACAGCAGGCUGUGCCAUUUCCCAUCACAUGGACAUAGACAAAGUAGCCUUCACCGGAUCUACUGCUGUUGGGAAGCUCAUCCAGAAGGCUGCAGGUGACAGUAAUCUGAAAAGAGUUACACUGGAACUUGGUGGCAAAAAUCCAAAUAUUGUCUUUGCAGACUGUGAUUUAGAGUAUGCAGUGGAGCAGGCCCACAGCGGUCUGUUCUUUAAUCAGGGCCAGUGCUGCCUGGCUGGAUCCAGGGUGUUUGUGGAGGAACCGAUUUACGAGGAGUUUGUUCGUCGCAGUGUCGAGAGAGCCAGAUCCAAAGUCCUGGGGAACCCACUGCUGCCAGGGGUGGAUCAAGGACCACAGAUCGACCAGAAGCAGUUUAAUAAGAUAAUGGAGCUGAUAGAGAGCGGGAAGAGGGAGGGGGCCACGCUGGAAUGUGGGGGAUCCCCAUGGGGUCAGCAGGGACUUUUCAUCCAACCCACCGUCUUCUCAAAUGUCACAGACGAUAUGCGCAUCGCCAAAGAAGAGAUUUUUGGUCCAGUGCAGCAGAUCAUGUGUUUCCGUAGCGUCCAUGAAGUCAUCCAGAGAGCCAAUGCCACACACUACGGCCUGGCAGCAGGAGUGUUUACCAAUGACAUUGACAAAGCCCUAACAGUCUCCUCUGCUCUGCAGGCUGGCAUGGUCUGGGUGAACUGCUACAAUGCCAUGAGUGCUCAGUGUCCGUUUGGUGGCUUCAAAAUGUCUGGUAAUGGGAGGGAACUGGGAGAAUAUGCUCUUCAGGAGUACACAGAGGUCAAGGCAGUCACCAUCAAAAUCUCGCAAAAGAAUUCCUAACACCAUCAUGUUGCAGGACUGUUUCCUGUCUUUUAAAUUCUCUGCCACUCUUUGGCUUCAGAUCCUUCACAGACAUUUGGCAAUAAUCAUACGGCACUGGGACAUUUUGGAGGCAUCGUCGAUUCUGUGUCUCUUCGUGAACAUUUAUUCCUCUCAUUUCUACUGAGGUACUCACUAACUUUUUCAAUAUCUUGUCAACGUUACGUCUAUUUUGCUUGAUAUUACUGUGACAAUGCUGACUUUCAUUUAUUUGUGUUCCUCCAGUGUGCUAUCUCAGACGUUUUACCUUAACAGUUUAGUGGACAGUAUGUUCUCUAUAGUAGUGUUUCUUUUGAUAGUUUAGAGAGCCUGUUUUGUUCAGACAACUUAAAUAGCACUUUGCCUGAGAUGGAUUCUUUUAAUUGGUGUCAUACAAAAAAAUAAACAAAAUGCGUUUUACAAACUA